UAUCCUAGACCACCGGGGCCGUAUCCUGGACCACCUGGGACAUAUCCUGGAGGACCAGCAGGACCGGGACCAUUCCCAGGACCACCUGGAGCAUUUCCUGGAGCACCAGCAGGACCGGGGCCGUAUCCUGCCCCAGGACAACCGCCCAGCGGCCCUGGAUUUGGGUCCCCUCGUUCGCAGGGGGGGCCGGCUCCUCCCAUGAAAGUCCCCUUCGAUCUGCCUCUGCAGACAGGACUCGUCCCGCGGUUGCUCAUCACCAUCACGGGGACUGUCAACUGCAACCCAAACAGGUUUUCCCUGGAUUUCAAGAGAGGGAAUGACAUUGCCUUCCACUUUAACCCCCGCUUUAAUGAAGACCACAGGAAAGUCAUCGUCUGCAACUCCAUGUUCCAGAAUAACUGGGGGAAGGAGGAGAGGACAGCGCCCAGGUUUCCGUUCGAAGCUGGAAAACCCUUCAAGCUGCAGAUCCUCUGUGAGGUGGAUCACUUCAAGGUAGCGGUCAACGACGCUCACUUGCUGCAGUUCCACUACCGCGAGAAGAAGCUGCACGAGGUCACCAAGCUGUGCAUCGCGGGGGACAUCACCCUCACCAGCGUCACGCCCACCAUGAUAUAA